AUGGAAGGUAACUACGACGACGUCGCCGCCAUCAGCACGUUUAAAAGUGGACUCCCUACCGAGCAUUGUUUAAGGAAAUCCCUAACUGGUAAACCUUUUACCAGUGUUCGUCAAUUUAUGGACUGGAUUGACAAAUACAAAAUGGUGGAAGAGGACCAACUACAAGGGAAACGAAAGGAGAAGAUCAUCCCUCACAAGAGAAAUGAUUUCAAGUCGAAACGAUACAAUAAUAACGAUCCAAGAAGAGAUUUUGCGGGGCAAUCUAGAUCAACCAACACGCAAACGGUUAACGCCGUAUUCAGAGAACCGGUACAACAGGUUUUGGAGAAAGUCAAGAAUAAGCCAUUCUUCAAGUGGCCGAAUAAAAUGGCCGGAGACUCCUCAAAACGCAACCAGAGUCUGUAUUGUCAGUACCACCAAGACCACGGACACACCAUCGAAGACUGUAGGAACCUAUGGAACCACCUAGAUUAA